CAUCGAACACUCGUUAUCAGCCGCCGUCUCCCCUGCAAUCCACAACAACACCAUGGAGGGCCUCUUCUACAACGUCAAAUUCGGGUACAUUGAGGGUAUCGUGCGGGGCUACCGAAAUGCCCUACUCACCAGUCAAAACUAUGGCAACCUGACGCAAUGCGAAACCAUAGAUGAUGUGAAGCUCCAGCUCUCUCCCGCCUAUGGGGACUUCCUCUCUGCUCUCCCGCCGAAUCCAUCCACCUCCGCGCUGGCGAACAAGACCACCGAGAAGCUCGUCGCCGAGUUUCGCUACGUCCAGGCAAAUGCGACAGGAUCCCUCUCCAAAUUCAUGGAAUAUCUCACAUACGGAUACAUGAUCGACAACGUUGCUCUGCUCAUUACUGGAACGCUUCAUGAGCGGGAUACGCGCGAGCUGCUGGAGAGAUGCCAUCCUCUAGGUUGGUUCGAAACGAUGCCCGUGCUUUGCGUGGCCACCAAUAUUGAGGAGCUCUACAACUCUGUAUUGAUUGAGACUCCCCUGGCGCCAUACUUCAAGGGAUCGCUAAGCCACCAAGACUUGGACGAGCUCAACAUCGAGAUCAUCCGGAACACUCUGUACAAGAAUUACCUGGAGGAUUUCUACAACUGGGUCAACACACACCCCGAACUCGCCGGAACGCCAACGUCCGACGUCAUGACAGAAGUACUGGAGUUUGAGGCGGAUCGGAGAAGCAUCAACAUCACGCUGAAUUCAUUCGGCACUGAGCUGUCAAAGGCAGACAGGAAGAAGCUGUAUCCCAGCUUUGGCAGGUUACAUCCGGAGGGCACACUUAUGUUGUCAAGGGCAGAUGACGUCGAGGGUGUCCGUAUCGCAGUAGAGUCCGUAGCGGACUACAAGACCUUCUUCGACCAAACCGGCUUGAGUCAAGGUGGUCAGUCUGGCAUUGGCAACAUGGCUGGCGGGGUUGGUGGAGAGUCAAGGAGCUUGGAGGAUCUGUUCUAUCAGAAAGAAAUGGAGAUCUCUAAGCUGGCUUUCACCCGUCAAUUCACGCACGCUGUGGUGUAUGCGUGGGUCAAACUACGGGAACAGGAAAUCCGAAAUAUCACUUGGAUAGCAGAAUGCAUUGCACAGAACCAGAAGGAGAGGAUUGGGAACUACAUCAGCGUGUUCUGAGGUGGCUUUGCUGUACUUCUAAAGUUUUCUUGUAACACAGUAGUUUCUCUAUUUCGCCCGGAGUUCAAGGUCAU